GAUUGGUAUGGUUGUUAGUAGUGCAGUUGCUUUCGCCGCGUCGUCACCAUCCAUCGUCGUUUAGCUCCGUUAGAAACCGUGUGUGGUUCUUGGCAGUAGUUCGCCUUCGUCGUUCGUUCGGUUGAUCCAUCGUGGUGCUUUGCCAUUGUUCAGGCAAUUAUUUCGGUGUCUCUGAGCCAUCGGGGGGAUUUAAACCAACGGUACUUUUAAAAGGUGCACCAUCAUCGCACAUAGCCACCGCGCGAAACCGUACGUGGCCAGCUAGCCAGCCAGCCAGCGAGUGGAUUUCCCUCGGACUGGGCCCGAGAUUGAUUCGGUUUCGGUGCGUCGUCGAAGGAGGACCUCUCUACAGUCGAUGCAGUAUAGUGUCGCGUACGCGUGUCUCGAAAGUGCUACCCCCCAACGAACGAACCAUACACACAAUACGCAUCAUCACUCAGUCAGUCAGUGUUUGAUAAAAGGAGGUCGAAGAUCGAGAUCGAUCGCGGAGGAGCCGCGGCGAGAGUGCUUCUUUUUUUCCUAUAUGUGAUCCCCACACGAUUGAAUCGGUUUCGAUCGAUCUCUACUUCGAAAUUCAGUUGAAAGUGCGAGUGCUUUUUGUGAAACUACGCGACUAGAUUUCACGGCACUCAAAUCCCCGACGCGAGGAUCAAAUCGUGGCAACUUUUGAGUUUUUUUUUAUUUGUUGGAAUUUGGAGCAACGACGAGGUGGAACUCGGUUUUUCUUAGUGCCUGUCUAUAAUCAGAUUAACAUCACACGAACGUUCCUAGUGACAUACUUGGCAAUAAAGAAGUUACGUCAACGUUGCAGUUCAAGAACAUCUGUAGGAAUUUUUCGGAUAUACACAAGAAUUUCAAGCUCAAUUUUUACCCAAUUGGAAUAAUCGCACCUGACCAACGGUGAAGGUGAAAAUACAGAUAGGAAACCAAAAGCUAAUUAGUCUAAGUGCUGCCCAUAGUAUUCCCAUAUCGCGUAGUAAGUAAAUCGAAGGAAGAAAUAAUUGUAAAUUAUUAAAACAAACACACUUGCAAACUUAGCUAGAGAGUAGAAGAAAAAGUUCCGAGACCGAUAAAGCCAAGAAAAAUCGCAUUUCGCACCCACACUCGCGUGGUCGCGCGUUUGUCUGCUGUUCGCUAGAAGAAGAGAAUCCGAAGCAGAGGAAACAAAAAAGCAACACAGAGAGGAGGAAAAAAUCGCCCAACACACGAAAAGUGCCAGUUUCCAAGUUGGGUCUCCGUUCGCGCGAAACAAGUGCACCGACGACGACGACGACGUCGAAUUGCGCGCACUCUAGGGUAUUGACACACAAAUACCACAUAAUAAUCCGCGGCGGGGUGGUUUCGAGUCGAGCAAAGUGCAGUUUCGUUGUCGAGAAAAUUGGUGAAAAUCGAAGAAGAGAAACCUGCAAAGUUGUGUGAUCAUCAUCGAAGAAGGGGGAAAAAUUCAAUAAUUUAUAGAAAAUUUUUGAAGACGACGACGGCGACAACGGCGGAGACGAAGACCAGCGCGACACGAGUUUAGGAUUAAGUAACCUCGUCGUCGUCGUGCGCGCAUAUUUGAGGACUCGACCGGCGUGUGAAAGACUGCAGAGGGGUGCUGCAGCGCAGAGUUGCAUCGACGUAGCGUUGAUCGGCAUCAACAGAUUCCCCCAGUCGCCUUAAAUAUUUUUUUUACAUCAUCGACGUGAUUAACGGCUGUCAGUAGAAGCAGCAGCAGCAGUAGCAGCAGAAAUCAACAGCACCAUGGAAUCGAUGGAGUAUGAGAUGGCACGCAACAUGACGUUGCUGUUCUUUCUGGAACGGCUGCUGGAUCGCGGAGAGCCACGUACCCUGCACGAUCUGUCGUGCCAGUUCGGGGCCCGCGGGUUCACCAAGGAGAUGCGGCAGAUUGCCGGCGGCAGUCAGUCAGGCCUCAAAAAGUUUCUCUCACAAUACCCUGCCCUAUUCGAAAUCAAUGGCGAUUUCGUUCACAUCAACAGCUACACAUCGAGCAGCGUGGACGACUCGUCCAUCUCGGGCAAACGGGACUACAUCCAAGAGGCAAAAGACUAUUUCAAACACAAGCUGCUCCAGUAUGGCAAGGGCACCGAAGUGCCGAUCCGCAGUCUGCUGGGUCACAGGAGUCAAGCCUCGCCCCAGGUACGACACAUCUCCGGCCAGCACAUCCGAGAGUUCACCGAAUUCCUGCUCAAGCACCCGGACACCUUCCACGUGGUGGACGGCGAGAAUGUCGUCCUGGUCGGAUGCGAAAACGAGGAAGACGUUCCCGCGUCGGAGCGGUUGCAUUUGCCAAACUCUUCCAUCGACACACAGGCCACCCAGCAGCUGCUGGACUCGUUUGCUCAGGUGAUAGAAGUCAAGGGCCCCAUCAUUGUCGAUCAGCUCUUCCACAUGGUCACGUCCAACUUCCCGCAGGAACAAUGGUUUCACAUGUUCAAAAACCCAAGCGAUCUGAAAACUUUUUUGAAGCUCUUUUCGGACUGCUUCCACAUACAAUCCAAUCUAGUCACGCUUCUUCAGAAGCCAAAACUGUCCGAUUCACACAUUCGGCAGGCGCAGGAUAAGCUCAAUCUCUCGAACAGCUCCUUUAGCGCUACACCAAGCAUCGGCAGCGCAGGAAGCGCCGUAGGAAGUGCCAACGGUAGCAACAAUACCAGUCGGACAGCAUCACCCAAAAACAUGAUCGGAGACUUUAAACUCAACGAACCGGUCUCGGUCGGAAUAGUCCCCAACGAUCCGGCCACAGUACUGAGCAGUAGCAAAAGCGAACCUACCAGUGGGUUCGACAGUUUGCUAAUCAAUAACGAUUUUAAAAUGGAGAACCUCUGCCCUAAGAAUUGUCCGUUCUCUUCGAACUCCGCGUACUCAAAGUCCCAACAGAACUCGUCCGUUCACCAGCAAAGCACUCAAACCGCCAGGAUAGAAGCGAACCACCCCAUGGCCAACGAAAAAGCCAACCUCAUCAACAACAACCCGGCUGUGAAUCCGAAAAAUCAAACCCUCAAACAACGUAUUAAUAGUUUGGUGAUCAAAACGCUCGCCGAAAACCUAGAAAAAGAUAAGCAAUCAAUGUCUGCCAUUCAACAUCACAGUGUCGGCGUAGGUCCCGGAGGCGGGCCCGGCGGCCCCACACCGAACAACAACCCAGCACCACACCCGGUUUCGCCGACCCCCACCAGUCCGGUCCACUCGAACAACUAUUUCAUCGGGGACACCUGGAAGAUCAAAGUGCUGCAGAACACCCGGGUAAUCUCCACCGUCAAGGAGUCCCUGUUCGUGAACAAUGCCAUCCUAAAAGCGUCCACCUACGAGGAUCAGGCGGUGGUGUCGUUCGAUUGCGAGGGUAUCAACCUGGGCGUGCGGGGUCAGAUCACCAUGAUCCAGCUGGGCACGACCCGUGGCGAGGCGUUCAUUUUUGAUGUGGCGUGCUGUCCAGAUAUGGUGCCGCACGGAGGUAUCAAGGAGGUAUUGGAGUCCGAGAAGGUCAUCAAGGUGAUACACGACUGUCGGAACGACUCGGUCAAUCUGUACAACCAGUUCCAGAUUUUGCUGAGGAAUGUUUUCGAUACGCAGUCCGCCCACGCCGUGCUCCAGUUCCAGGACCAGGGUAAGCAGGUCUACAAGGUGAAAAACGUCUCGCUGAACACCCUGUGCGAAAUGCACAACGCUACCGUCAACCCGAUGAAAGACCAAUUGAAGAACGUGUACCGACGGGACCAAAAGUAUUGGGCCCGGAGGCCGCUGACUCGUGACAUGCUUCUGUACGCCGCCGGCGAUGUACUGAUCCUCAUCAACGAGCAGCUGUACCUCAACAUGGCCACAUCGAUCAAGGCGGAAUACCGCGAACUGCUCGCGGAGCUGUGCACUGAGCAGAUUUUAAUGCUAAUCCGCCCAGUGGACGUCAAGAUGCGAAAAAAGCAACGCAAGGUCCGCUCGGAGAUCCAGGACCUGAAGGUGAAGCUGAAGGGUGCCAGCAAGAAUGUUGUGCUAAGUAAUCGCGAGAUUCGAUUACUGAGGUACAUGGACUUGACGGAGGAUGAGAAGGAGAAGCUGAGGGUAUCCUACAAGGUGGCCAAGAAGUUGGACAAACUGGAGAACUUCGAUCGGGAUCGGGGCGAUGCGAGCGACUCCGACGAUGAGUGUGACGUCAUCGAGCAGGACUAUCAGAGCAUGGACAGCUUGCCGUCGGAUAACUCGCUACCGGGCACGGGCAGCAGCGGAGGACCGGGCACGUUCUCACCCAAGAGCUCCGAACCGCCGAGCUUGACGGAAUCGAUGCAGCUGAUGGACGAAAUCCUGUCCAAUACCACUAUGGAUCGUAUGGCGAAGAUCGACAAGCUGGAGGCGAUUCUGUCGGCGGCCACCCUACUACCGAACGAUCAGUCCUUCACUGAGACCAUGAACAAUUUUAAUACCAAUACGAUAGUAGUAACUAACGAUAAUAUUCUACAGCCGGCGAAGAAGGAGGAACAGAAGGGACGAACGCCAAAGUCCUCCUCCGCACUGGGACCCUCACUGGGUGGUUCCAACAAACCGUCCCGCCAUCAAUCGCAGCACGGUGCUACUCCACCGCCACCGCCUCAGCAGCCCAAGGCCGAAAUGAAGGAGGCCGGCUGCCAGACGCUCAGCACAGGCGACAUCGUUAUCACAAAGAUCUUCUUCAAGGAGGAGCAGGAUAAGAAACCGGAAAAGACCCUGACCAGCAGUGGGUCGGCCAAGCGCAACGGCCUGGACGGAACGGAGAUUCUGGUACAACAGCAACAGCAGAAUUCCGUCAGGGCCUGACAGGGUCAACCACCGGUGGGGAACCGGUAUGGUAGUGGUGGUAGUAGAAGGGGUGCUGAAAACGGUGGACAAACGCGCCCCGGAAGCGCAGCAGUCUACCACCGGAAGCAACAGCGAGGUGGACGAUGUGAAUAGUAGCCGUUUUGAGGAAGGGUGCUUUUCGGUUUUUUGGACGGGUUCUUGUUUUCAGUAUAACGUUAGAGUGAGUUAGCAGUUGUGGACGCAGAUAUCAAAUAUCUGUUGGAACCGGAAUGGACGAGUGAGCAAAGUUUGAUUCGUUGAGCAAGCAUAGCGAUGCUGUAUGAUUCGAGAGAGUGAAGCAAUAAUUUAUCGGUUAUCUAUAGAAUCACAUAUUUUUAAUGAACAUUUGAACGUUAUAACCCCGUAUUUAUGAAAAUCCAUUCGAUGAGAAACGCGUGUUCAGGCUAUGGAUGGAGCAAGACUAGGCGAAACCCUUUAUAUCAAUUGUAUAAUAGAAAAGUUAUUAGUAGAAAGUGAGCAACAUUUCAGAGGAUCAAUAUCAAUAUUAUUAUUUUUUGAUAGUAAUAUAUUUAACGAAGCAUCAGAGAAGAGAUUUUUCCAAACGAAAAUCAUUGUAAGCAUAGCUAUACUCUAUCUUGAGACUCAUUAAACAUUACAAACAAAGGUAUCACAGCAAAGUGAAAGGAUCAAAAUUUUUGAAGCUGAUAGGACGUUGAUGAAAUUUUAUACACGCUGAUAGUUAACAUGAAAGAAGGUAAAAGUUGUAUCUAGCAAACCUUGUUAAAUGAUCAAAAUUGCUUCCUAAUAUAUAUAUACCAAUAAAACAAGCAUAUAGACGGCAGACUUAGAGAACAAAAAACAAAUCACAUUCGAAAGUAGGCACGUACGUAGCAAGAAAAAGGAGAAUUGACUAACUUUGAAGCAAAUACAACCAUUAUUAACAAUUGAUAUCAGAACUGUGUUUGAUGCGUUGAGCAAAGGUGAGAAUAAUACAUCUUAAUUCCUAACCUAUAUUUUACAUAGCGAAGGAGUAGUUUUGAAGAGAAAAAAAAAGUGGAAAUCAAAUAUAUGCUAACAAUAAACUGUAUUGAAAGUAAAAUACGAAAAAAACGAAAAACAAUAAAAACCAAUUGAACAGUA